CCUCAGACCCGGAACAACAGGUCAGGGUGAUCAGCUUUCGGCCAAAGCCCCAAUGUUGGGAUCACGGGUGCAAUGGGCGUGAAUUCUCAACCUUCAGUAACCUUCUCCGCCAUCAACGAGAGAAAUCCGGCGUCGUUGCCAAGGCAGAAUGUCCCAGCUGUGGGGCUGUUUUUACCCGCACUACCGCCAGAAAUAUCCAUGUGGCUCAGGGGAAAUGCAAGGGCAUUGGGAGAGAUUCGUCAAACUAAAAAUUUAAUUUAAAAGCGAUGGGAAGAAGCCGGGGAACCAAAUCCGCAGGCUUCGUAUUUGUUUCUGUGCAACGGCUUGUUUAUGGAGUUCAAGGGCAGAAUGGGCACCGGACUAUAUAUAUUGAUACCCCCUUACUACUGGAGAGGCAGAUUGCUUCUCCCAGACGCCGUUCUCUUCUCGUGUACAGGAUUCGGCUCAUCCACGACAUCAGAGGAAGAACGCCUACAUCUACACAUUGGUACCAUUCAAAUAUAUAUAUAUAUAUCUCUAUAUAUCUAUAUAUAUACACUUAUCUAUGGAAAAUCUACGUAGAUUUAUGGAUUUCACCACUUCUGCCUUUUUAGUGCUGUCUAGAAUGUAUGGGUUGGAAUAAAACGUACCAAGAAGGU